GUGGUUUUCCUGGACGGUGCAUACGCGCGACUGUCGCUCUUGAUGUCAGCCGGCAGUCGGGUGAAUUCCUUACCGGUUAGUCAGUUCUGAUCCCACAGUGAAUUUUUGGACCAUUUGGCCAAUCAGGUUUCUUUGGUGUUGUUGAAGCAUGGACUGACCAACCGAAAAUCAGCUGUUACCGAAACACGUGUGUUCAGACUGUAUAAUUAGCCUAACAACAGGUGAACAGUGCUCACAAGAACCUGAGUGAUACUGUUGUACUAAAUUUUGAUCGGAAUUUGGUAAUCGAAAACCUCAUCUGAGAACUCAACUAUAGUCCUGAACUACCAAGAUAUUGCCCCAAAUGAGCAUUUGAAUUUGAUAAUGCCCGCACCAACAACAAAUUCUGUACCCUCCGAGGAGCUUACCAAUGGGGAAGAUGUUGAAACAUUAAAGAAAGUACUAGCCCAUGUGGAUAUGGAAACUGGUCUGAAACAUCGCACGUUAAAACGCGAUCCCAUCACUGGUCUGGGAACGGUUACCAAUGGUGCUGAAGACAAGGUCGCUCGUGCAAGAACACAGUCGUUAGGACGGAGAAUUUACAACCGCAAAUUGAUCUCGUGGGACGCGGACGAGGAACCAAACAAGGUAUCAACUAGCAACUCCAGACCAAACAGAGCUAUGCGAAACCCUAUUGCUCUAACUGGGGAGCUGGGUGCGGAGGUGGAUAGCUUGCGAACAACUUCCCGUCCCCGGCUUGGAACACCAAGAGAACCACAACGCGAUCCGAUAGCUGGAUUGGGAAACUUUGGAGAAAAGGAAUGGGAUCCAAUCUGGAAAUAUAACGGACGUAUGCGCAGAUCAAAAAGUAGCAACGGAAUACGUACUAAUCCAAUAACCGGACAGAAUAUGAAAUCGUUUGAGGUCAUGGUAGAAGAGAAGUCACCUGCAAGCCGCUGUCGGGAUAGACCAUCGGAUAUAAAACGAAAUAUAUUCACCGGCGAAAACUGUUCCACUUACUCAGUUUCACCGGAUAUGAAGUCGCCGAGUAAGAAAGGGACAAUCACUUCUCCACGAAACGCAAUAACGGGAGAAAACUGCACAAGCUAUGACAUCAACUCCGAGGUACACACAACGAAGGUGCGCCAAAGUCCGAAGGCGUCGAAUCCACUUAGCGGGGAAAAUGUCAACGUGUACACAGUCUCACAGGAAGAAAGACAACGUCCCUUAAAACCGUACGUGUACAAAAAUACAGUGACAGGAGAAAACUUGAAAAGUUACCAGAUCAUACCGAUCGAGAGAAACAUCACGCCGAAACCACUAAAGGAGCGGCAAAAUCCGCUUAGUGGUGAAAAUGUGAAAACUUACAAAUAUCGAUUCGGAGAAUCCGAAUUGGCCGUAAAGAGAAGAGAUUUGAGUUCUCCAUUGACCGGGGAGGGUUCUCGAGGCCGAACUUAUGUAGUGUCGGUUGAGGAAAAAUCAAAUAUCCCCUUGGCCAACGGAACAGACGAGUGCAGGACACAUGCAAGGGCCAGAUCAUCCGGACCUUCAAGGAAUAUUUUAACCGGGGAAAACUGUGAAACAUUUAUGGUUUGCCGCGAAAUGCGCAGCGAACGGCUGAAAACUCCGUUAACAAGUGGGAACUCAGCUCCAUAUAAUAUAUUGACGGGAUCCUAACUCACCGAGUCGAACAAUCUCACACUUUGGAAACCCGGUCAUUGCGGUAUCACCUAGUCGGCCUAUGAACACUAGUGUACAACAGCUUUCUCAUUCAGUUCAAUCACCAUGCUCUUUACGUCCCAUAAACACCCUGACUAGACUGGGGUGCACUGACAACAAACUUGUGCCUGUAUGCUUACACCAGUCCAUUCUUCAUUCGUGUUUCACAUUCUUUUGAAUCCCUAAUUACAUGAUCCAAAUUCCUUUUGGGAUUUCCCUCCAUGCAACAAUUGAGCCGAUUGUAGAUGACUUACCAAAUCUCACCCAAAUUUUCAAUUUACUGAAAACGGCUAGAAAAAGGUCAGAA